CGAGGCCCCCUCUUCGGUGGCUGAGAGGCUGCGCGGCGGAGGCUCCUUUCGUCCGCGGAGGGUCGACGACGCCAUCGCCAUGCCAGGGCCGAAUCCCAGCGGGACGAGCGUGGGCGCCUCGGGGCGCUCCCCCAGCAAAGCGGUCGCCCCCAGAGCCGCAGGAUCCACCGUCCGGCAGAGGAAAAGUGCUAGCUGUGGAACAAGGAGUGCGGGUCGUACCGCAUCUGCUGGCACAGGGGGGAUGUGGAGAUUCUAUACAGAGGAUUCCCCUGGUCUCAAAGUUGGUCCUGUUCCAGUUCUUGUAAUGAGCCUUCUCUUUAUUGCAUCUGUAUUUAUGUUGCACAUCUGGGGCAAAUACACACGGUCGUAGAUUUGGCUAGUCCCAUCAGCCAACUUGAAAACUGCAGUCUGGACCAAAAGUAUAAUGGAUUUUCAGGUUUCUUUUCCUUUGGUACAUCCUUCUAGAUCAGUUGAAGACAACUCUUGCCUUUUGGUUGGCUCUGGUGUUAAAUGGACUCUUAAACUUCCUCCUUGGGGUUUUUGAUUCCUUUCUGUCAGAAGUCGUGAUGUCUGUGCGUACACACUUGCAGUUGGUUUCAUUAAAAUUUGUAUACAUAAA